CCAGGAGGUGAAGCUUCGCUUCCUGGAGCAGCUGAACAUCCUUCAGACCCGGCAGCAGAGAGAGGCGGACCUACUGGAGGAUAUCAGACCUGUUGGAAGGCUGGCACACACUGUACUCAGCUGACCCCCAUCAGUCCUCACCUCCAAGCACACAGAUGGUUCUCCAGGGGUGGGGAGGAUCCUGCUGAGGCUCUGAGCGCUGAGAUCCUACAGCAAGCAGAGGGCAGCCAUUGAACGGGAGUAUGGGCAGGCACUCCAGAAACUGGCUGGGCCAUUUCUGAAGAGGGAAGGACACCGGAGUGGGGAGAUGGACAGCAGACUUUCUCUGGGGAGAGGCAGGAUGGUGUUUGGUGCCUGGCGCUGCCUGCUGGAUGCCACCAUGGCUGGGGGCCAAGCCCGGCUCCAGGCAUCUGACCGAUACCGUGACCUGGCAGGAGGCACAGGGCGGAGCGCUAAGGAGCAGGUGCUUAGGAAGGGAGCAGAGAACCUCCAGAGGGCGCAGGCCGAGGUGCUGCAGUCUGUCCGGGAGCUGAGCCGAAGUCGAAAGCUGUAUGGGCAGCGUGAACGGGUGUGGGCCUUGGCACAGGAGAAGGCGGCUGAUGUCCAGGCCAGGCUUAACCGAAGUGACCAUGGCCUCUUCCACACUCGGACCAGUCUCCAGAAACUCAGCACCAAGCUGUCUGUCCAGUCGGCCCAGUACUCCCAGCAGCUGAGAGCGGCCCGCAACGAGUACCUGCUCAACUUGGUGGCCACCAAUGCCCACCUUGACCACUACUACCAGGAAGAACUGCCGGCCGUGCUCAAGGCCCUGGCCAGCGAGCUGUCGGAACACCUGAGGGGCCCGCUGACUUCACUGAGCCGCACGGAGCUGGAAGCUGCAGAGAUGGCUCUGGAGCAUGCCCACCGUGGGGGGCAAGCGACCUCCCAGGUAAGCUGGGAGCAGGAUCUGGAGCUUUUUCUUCAGGAGCCCGGAGUAUUCUCCCCCACCCCAGCUCAGCAGUUUCAGCCAGCAGGGAAUGAUCAGGUGUGUGUCCUGGAGCUGGAGCGGGGCGCAGGAGGUGUGGCCGGGGAGAGUGGCCUGGAGAAAGAAGUUCAACGCUGGACGAGCCGAGCUGCCCGAGACUACAAGAUCCAGAACCAUGGGCAGCGGGUGCUGCAGCGGCUGGAGCAGAGGCGGCAGCAGGCUUCAGAGCGGGAGGCUCCAAGCAUAGAACAGCGGCUGCAGGAAGUGAGGGAGAGCAUCCGGCGGGCACAGGUGAGCCAGGUGAAGGGGGCUGCCCGGCUGGCCCUGCUGCAGGGGGCUGGCCUGGAUGUGCAGCACUGGCUGAAGCCAGCCAUGACCCAGGCCCAGGAUGAGGUAGAGCAGGAGCGACGGCUCAGCGAGGCCCGGCUGUCCCAGAGGGACCUCUCUCCCACGGCUGAGGAUGCUGAGCUGUCUGACUUUGAGGAAUGUGAGGAGACGGGGGAGCUCUUUGAGGAGCCCGCCCCCCCAGCCCUGGCCACCAGGCCCCUCCCCUGCCCUGUCCAUGUGGUGUUUGGCUAUCAGGCAGGACAUGAGGACGAGCUGACCAUCACAGAGGGCGAGUGGCUGGAGGUCAUAGAGGAGGGAGAUGCCGACGAAUGGGUCAAGGCUCGGAACCAGCACGGUGAGGUAGGCUUUGUCCCUGAGCGGUAUCUCAACUUCCCGGACCUCUCCUUCCCUGAGAGCAGCCAUGACAGCGACAAUCCUUCGGGGGCAGAGCCCACAGCGUUCCUGGCCUGCGCCCUGUACAGCUACACGGGACAGAGCGCAGAGGAACUGAGCUUCCCCGAGGGGGCGCUUAUCCGCCUGCUGCCCCGGACCCAGGAUGGAGUGGAUGAUGGCUUCUGGAGGGGAGAAUUUGGGGGCCAUGUUGGGGUCUUCCCCUCCCUGCUGGUGGAGGAGCUGCUUGGCCCCCCAGGGCCAUCUGAACUCUCAGACCCUGAACAGAUCCUGCCAUCCCCUUCCCCUCCCAGCUUCAGCCCUCCUGCACCCACCUCUGCCUUGGAUGGGUCGCCUGCACCUGUCCUGCCUGGUGACCAAGACCUGGACUGCCCUGGACCCCUGGAUGUGAUGGCGCCUCGACUCAGGCCGAUGCGUCCACCGCCUCCCCCGCCAGCUAAAGCCCCGGAUCCUGGCCACCCAGAUCCUCUCACCUGAAGCCAGGGGGAAUCACUUUCCCCCAGUGAUGCUGCUGCCCCUAUCUCCGUGCUAUCAGAGACCACCCCUCCCCACGGUGAUCCAGAGCGACACAGCCAAAAGCUGGAAUCUCCCUGAUUUCCGUUCUCAUCUUCACGGGUAGAAAUUUCUUCUCUCCCCGUUUCUGGGGCUGGAACCCACUCCUUUUUUGCCAUCAUCCUCCAGCCAUCUCUAAGGGCUGAAACUACUCCUUUGUCUUCUGCUACCACCCCAUCUCUAGGGUGGUGAAGUACCCUGAAAUCUCUGGGACUGGAAUUCAUCCCCCAAAGUCUUGAGUGGCUCUGGCUUAUUUGUGUCUCCACCCUGGUUCUGUGAAUCACCCCACUCCAGAUGCCAGAGCCACUGGGGAUGGGGGCAGGCCUGUCAGAAGGAGCUGGAGCCAGUAUGCGAAGCAGCUGUAAUCGUCUGAGCGGAUUUAUUGACAGUGAAUAAAGGGCACAAAGCCCAAGCCAGGGCCUGGGCCUCUUGUGCCAAGAGGGCAGGGGGCCUAAGGUGCUAUUGCUUUAAGGGCCCACCAAGGGCAGGGGCCUGCUCCCAGCCGCACGCUCUAGCAUAUGGAGUGAGGUGAUGGGGAAAGCAGGUCAGGCGGCCUGUUGGCAGACAGGGGAAGGGGAAGAGACUGAGGACCAGAGGUGGGACUUCUCCCAAGGUCCCCCAGCCUGAGACCGUGCAGUUCCAGGUGGAAGUAGGGCUGGUCCCUCAGCUGGGGGGCAGUGCUGUCCAGUUGAGAGGAGGGGCUUCAUGCCCACCCAACCCCUGGCCCUGCCAGCUGGUAGUCCAUCAGCGCAAUGAAGGAGAGGAAGGGUAACAGUGUUGCCUCCUCUUCAAGCUGUGUCCCCGCUUUUCCCCAGGGGCUGCAGGACCUUCCCUGUCCCCUGGAGCACAAGCCCACUCGCCACCACCAAACCAAGGAAUAUGUACCAAAGGCUAAGCCUGCAGUUUAGCUUGGGGGUUCAGGGAACCAAUGGGCUUAGGUAGUUUAAAGUAGGGGGUGGGAGGAUGAGAUUAUCUGACUUGGGGCCCAGGCAGACUCACCUCACACACCCCCCUGCCCCCUGUGGUGGGGACACCUGAGAGAGAGAGGAGGGGUCACCAGUGGGAGAACAGGAGGUGGGUCAUAUCAGUGCCCCCUCGAGUAGGGGCAAUAAGAGCUGAGCCCACCGCAGCCUACCACAUGUCUUCAUACCUGGUGAUCUGAGGUGUCCGGUUUGCUUGGCUGUCCAUUUGCCUCUUGACUGGCCAGCCCUGGGCUUGGGCCCCUUCCUCCAGCCCCCAGCAUCGACUCUGCAGAGGCUCCAGGGCUCCUCUCAAGUGCACGAGGGACUAGGCUGCUGUCCCUGAGUCCUCCAUUACGCACUGGGGGGCUGGCAAGGGCCAGGGGCUGUGGCCUCUCAGGGGGAAGGCUCUCAAUGGCAGGUGUCCCUGUCCUGGGCUGCCCUCCCCCAGACCCCUGGCCACCCCCUGGGUCCUGCCCCCCACCAGAUCCCCAGCUCCUGUCCGUGGGGGAGCCAUCACGAUGCUCAUGCAGCCCAUAGCGCUUCUCAAUGUGUGUCACCCGGAACCUGGGAGGGGAGGGAACACUGGGGCUUAGGACCACCACUCAGAGGCUGCUUGGCCCUUCCCUCCGAUCAGGGACAUCCUGGGUUUGAUAGGCACUUCCCUCUGGCCUAGGGCAGGGGAGACCAGAUUGUGGGGCACAUUGUGCAGCCUGGCUUCUGCUGCGGCUCACAGUCCACAAAGAAAGAGCCAGGGCCUACCUUUGGAGGCAGGUGCCUGACCGUUGGGGUCCCCACCUCAACCUCCCUUUCCCUGGGGCACUCUAUACCCACCUGCCCACAGAGAACACAGUGGUCUCCCCAGGCCGGGGGCGACUCUUUCCUUCCUUGGAGCGUCCCUGACGCACAAGUGGGGGUCUCUUGUUGCGGCUGCAGUGGAUGCAGGGGGCUGCGGAGCCCAGGUGCACUGUGUGAUGAUGGGAGGGGGCUCCGUCCUGCAAGCUGGAGGUGGCGUCCACGCUGGACGGUAGGGAGGAAAGGACCAGGGGUGACAUUCCCAGUUUUCUUCCUGUUUGACUUGCUCCUGUUCUUUCAGCGUGCUCCUUAAACCCCAGAUGCCCCACUUGCCCCAGGCCCCACCAUUCGUUUCUUGUCUUUAUCUAAUAAACUCAAUAUGAAGAUA